AUGGCAGCUGUAUUCGUACCACCUUCGCCUCGGUCUACUCUUAAUAUGUCGACUCGCCGACCACUCGCCAACGUGCCGAAUGCUACCAAUUCCCCUCACAGAUCGGGCCUCGUGCCUGCCAAACGUCUACGACCAACAAGCACUCACAUUGACAUCCCUUACGGCCAGCCCCCUCCGAAGAAGCAGGUAGUGGACGGGCAGGACGCGGACGCUCGAUCUCCGACCCGGACCAGGGCGUCCGUCUACCAGAACACCGACUCCAAGCUGUUCCUGCGGCGGACAAAUAAUGCUCAGCCGAGUGCGUUUGAGAGGAAACUGGUAGCCGUGAGAGAUAAGGAACGACAGGCACAAAUGAAAGGCACAAGGAACGAGAGGCCUUCUGCGGAGACCCUCGAUUCCAUUAGGCAGUGGCAGAGGCAUUACCGCAAAGCCUUUCCUCAGUUUGUUUUCUACUUCGAUAGUAUCCCGGAAGAUGUUCGCAGUAAAUGUUCCAGACAGGUGCUUGCGUUGGGAGCGCGCGAAGAAAAAUUCUUCUCGCGUCUAGUGACCCAUGUCGUUACCUCUCGCACUAUCCCCCCGGAGAAUGAUGUCGCGAACGCACCAGAAUAUAAUGGGGAGGCUGCGGACCAAGCACCUGUGGACGGCUCGCUACAGACAGUCAACCCUUCAUUGCUCGAAAAAAGCGCCGACACACACCUCCACAUGUCCUUGAAAAACGAUGCACGGCGGGAACAGAAGGGUAUAGAUGUUCUGCACAGAGCCCGCCAAAUGGGGAUGAAGAUCUGGGCCAUUGAGAAGCUACAACGUAUGAUUGUAGCCAUAAAUGAUGGAGAUGUCGGAGGUCAUGACAGUCAUACCACUCGAAAUAGCAAUGUCGCCGGUGGUCUCACCAGGGCUCGGGGUGAAAACGAUCUGUCACAAGUUCUCCAGAAUGAACUUCUGAAUGGCCCGUCUGAUCGUAACCCCCUUUCGGUGCUGAAAGAGCUGGUGAUGUUCAAGGGGCCUUUCAUAUAUAUCCACGACAUGGACGAGAAGACACGGCCCGUCAUGGUGCGCGAAUACCCCAAAGUCACAAGACGGCAGGAUGGUCAAUGGCCGCAAUUCCGGAGUGCACGGCUAGGAAAAUGUCCGUUCAUUGAGGAGCCCCCAACGAAGAAGGAACUUGAGCGCCGGCGUGCCCGCGUACGAGAAGGAGAAAAGAAACUUCUCGCCAAGGCUACUGCUGUCCAGGAAGUCCCGGAUGCUAAACUAAACGCACCAGAGACCGAGAGGAAGACUAUCAAAUGCGAGUCUGAGGACAAGAGUCCUGAAGUGGACCAACCAGAAGAGGUACCCCUUGAAAAACAAAUUGACAUGCAGGAGAUGCAGCCGACGAAACAACUAUCGCCCAGGAAAAGCUCGGAGAGUUUCAUGCCUCCCCCACUUCAUCGCAAGGGGCCAUUCUUCCACGGCCAUGAGCCUGCUGCAUCAGGCGUACAACCUUCGAAUAUCACGUCCGCUAUACGCUCCCAAAUGGUUUCCUCAACUGCUGCCGCACCCGGUGCCAAGGCUGGUGUGAGCAAGGAAGUCCAUGAACUGAAAAGAAAGGUGCUCGAGAAAGGAAACGGCGGGCUUGCAGCUGGCACAAUGCCCCCAUCGCACCACGCUGUAGAUGGAGCCGCUUCAUUAAGGAUCAAGGCUCAGGAAAACCGCAUCGGCAAUAUGCGACCACCCGAGAAACUUGUAAAGUUUCCCGAGGAGAUAACGAUAAAGAUGGAGGGUACUGGGGCUAUCAAGCGGCGGGCAAGUGAUCGGAAGGCCAUGGUAAUCCCGAAAAAGAAAGAGAGAAGGAGGGACCCCAAACCAGGCUACUGUGAGAACUGCAGGGACAAGUUUGAUGACUUUGAAGAGCACAUCGUGACCCGGAAGCAUCGCCGAUUUGCAACGAACCGAGCGAACUGGGCCGAACUGGAUGCUUUACUCUUUCAGCUGGCGAGGCCCUUGAAAGAACCAGUCUCGGUAUUAUAA